AUUAAGUUGCACAAGUGAAACCAAGAGAUCACAGGACUUAAGACAAUAUUGCACAGAUUGUUUGGUGAAAUGUAGACUGCAUAUACAGAGCUGCUGAUUGAGCUGCUUUAAAAAUAAAAACAACCACCGGUGCUUUUUUCUCUCCUUUAAAAACUUAAAGGUUCAGAUUCCUGCAGAACAUGAUAUACUCAUUAGCUGCCAGAAAUCACAUGGAGGUGCUCUUGCGCUCACAUGACAGGCUGAACCAUGGCAGGAGAGAUCAAUGAAGGCUCAGUUCCUGCCUAUUACAGGGAAGUAUAUGAGGCCAUCUGCUGUAGGACAGAUGAGAGAGUGCAGGUUGAAGUUUUUCAGCGGUUGCUCCAAAGGACAGAUAUCUCCCAGACGGUUUUAGUCCAGAUUGCCGAGCAUGUUGACUCUACAGGUGGAUUCCUGAGCAAGUUGUCACUCUAUAAAGCGCUCGCGUUGAUUGCUCUCGCUCAGCAAGGAAAGCAACCAAGCCCCAAACUCUUGGAGAACUGCAUACGAGAGUUGCCGACGCCUCAGCUCGGGGAGCCGAGGGACCUGAACGCAUUGAGGAUGCAGCCGGCUCAGGAGGACGUUCUGACGAUGUCUCAGACGCUGGACAAACUGCUGAUCAGAGACACAGUCCAGGUGGAGCUCAUACCUGAGAAGAAGGGCUUGUUCCUCAAACAUGUGGAGUACCAGGUCACCAGCCAGCAUUAUAAAAUAUCAGUUUACCGUCGCUAUAGUGAUUUUGAUGUCUUCCACGAGGUUUUGCUUCAGAGAUUUGCCUACAGAGUGGUGCCGGCACUGCCGCCUAAAAGAAUGUUAAAGGGAGUCCUGACCUCCGUCUCUGAGCGGGAGUUCAUUGAAGGCCGGAGACGUGCUCUUGGCAGAUUCAUUAACCUGGUGGCACGGCAUCCCUUCUUCUCAGAGGACGAGCUGGUCAAGACCUUCCUCACAUGCAGUGGCUCCGAUGUUCAGACGAAGCUGCGUGACACUUACAAGAGAACGGGCGAUGAGUUCAUGACCAACAGAAUUGCAACCCAGGCGAAGGAAUAUCUCCCCGCUGACAUUCAGGCCCAGUUCUCAACAAGCCGAGAGCUGAUUAGAAAUAUUCACAACAGCUUCCAGAAGCUGCGUGACAGAGCUGAGAAGAUGGCGGAGCGCUCUAAGGAGAAUGCUACUGAUCUUCUCAUGUUUGGCAGAGAGCUCAGUACACUGGGCUCAGAUGCUUCAUCUCUUCCCUCCUUGGCUGCUUCACAAGGCACCUGGGGGACCCUGCGUCAGUCUCUGAAGAGUCUGUCUGUGGAGUUCGCCGUGCUAUCUGACAAAGCUGCUCAGCAGGGCAGACGGGAAGAGGAUGAUGUUGUGGAAAAACUGAAUCUUUUCCUGGAUUUACUGCAAUCGUACAGAGAUCUCUGUGAGCGCCAUGAGAAAGGCGUGCUGCACGAGCACCAGAGAGCGCUGCACAAGUACGGCAUGAUGAAGAGGCAAAUGAUGAGCGCCACGGUGCAGCCCAAAGAGCAGGCGUCUGUGGAGCAGCUGGAGUCACGAAUUGUUCAGCAAGAAAACGCCAUUCAGACCAUGGAGCUGCGUAACUACUUCUCCCUGUUCUGCCUUCAUCAAGAGACGCAGCUCAUCUUCAUCUACCUUCCCAUCACUUCUCACAUUCUGGGGGCUUUCGUUAACUCCCAAGUCCAAGGACACCGAGAGAUGGGAGCGGUGUGGAAUGAACUCCAACCAAAGCUGGGAUGUCUCUUCGGGGGUAAGAACGGAUCGAAGCCCCCCAUCUAAAAAAAUGCAAAUGUGAGAGAAACACUGCCGCCGCCGCAAACUGGAAAAUAACUUUCUCUGUGAGCUCGAGAAACGUCUUCUACUACACAGUAUACACUCCAUUCAAUAAAAGUAUAUGUAUAUGUAUAUUGUUUUGUUAAUGCAACUUCUCAGCUUGUUUGUGGAUUUGAAUACUGUGGACUCAUAAAUCUGACAUUUGAUGCUCUGCAUGACGAGAUGUUAUUUUACAAGGGACCAGUCAACAUGUCACACAUUAUACUCAUUCCAACUCAUUAGAGCACCUGUUUAUAAUUUAACCUUAAGUUUUAUACACUAAAAUAAUUGAGAGGGACAGAAGGUUUUACUUUAUUAAAGGAUGAGGUUAUUUUAAAUCUCCAGUCAUGACGGUUUUACUCACUGAAUAACUUCAGACUAAUGUAUAUUCUAUAUAUAUAUAUAUAUAGUAUGUAUGCGUAGCAGCGUACUUUAUAUUUUUUAUGGACGAGUUUGCUGUUUCUCUUUUGGUGUUUACUUAUAAGUGGAGCCAAUAAAAGUAAAACUCUGAGAGACUAAGUUUUAU